UCAGAUUUCCUGCAAGGUUUUUGUGUCACUGGCACAACUUCAGUCACUUUUUUCUCAGUUAGCCAAGUUCCUCCCGUCCCGACCUGGUCCCGACUCCUUCGCUGAAAUUAAUGGCAAAUGAAGCGUCUACAAAAACGGAGAGCGUCGCUCUUGAUAAUGAUCGUAAGGAAAUGUUCAAGAAAAGUGAACAUAUAGCCUUUUACAGGCGGCAUAAACAAAAACCUGGAGUGCAUUACUGUGUCUCUCUGGAAAGCUUAGCACUGACAGAGAAAGGGGCCAGCUUGGAAGUCUUUGAGAUAAAAUCUCAGGUGCAUUUGCUCUUGCAAGUGAGGGUAUGUCGGGAGAGUGCUAUAAGGGUUACCAUAGAUGAGAUCCACCCUGUUAAAAUGCGCUACAGAGUUCCAGAUGUUUUGAUUGAAGAGCCGGUGUAUGAACAGUUACGUGUGGAGAGGAAAGGUGAGGGUUCUGUCACACUCUCCUGGGGCUUGGGACAGCACCAAGUACGGAUCCAAGGGACUCCCUUCAGUCUGGAUGUCCUUUGUGCGAAAGAGGUGAUCACCACUCUCAAUCCAAAUAGCCGGAUGUUGUUUGAGACCCUGCAAGACCCCCCAAGACAUGACUCCACGUUAAAUCAGGAAGAUCCAUCGGGCCUAUGGCAAGAGAGAUUUGGACAGUUUGUAGAUGUGAAAGCCAAUGGUCCAAGUUCUGUUGGUAUGGACUUUUGCCUCCAUGGCUUCAACCAUGUGUAUGGCAUUCCAGAACAUGCGGACAGGCUCCGACUGAAAGACACCAGCGGUGGCGAGCCUUACAGGCUGUACAACCUGGAUGUGUUUGGCUACCGUACUGACAGCCGGCUAGGCCUCUAUGGAGCCGUGCCACUGUUGUUGGCACACAAGCCUGACAGGACCCUGGGGCUCUUCUGGCUCAAUGCUUCUGAGACCCUUGUGGAUGUGCACUACCACCCCAAAGACAAUGAGGAGGACGUGGCAGCCCCAGUGAAAAGGAGUAGAGCGCCUAUCCAGACAGAUGUCCAUUGGAUCUCAGAGAGCGGGGUGAUUGAUUGCUUCAUCCUCGCAGGCCCCACACCCUCGCAAGUCCUCUCUCAGUAUGCACAGCUGACAGGUUACCAAGCGUUUCCUCCUCUCUGGUCUCUUGGAUACCACCAGUGCCGCUGGAACUACGAAGACGAAGCGGAUGUGAAGUCCGUGGACGCUGGCUUUGACCAGCACGCCAUCCCGUACGAUGUGAUAUGGCUGGACAUCGAGCACACAGAUGGGAAACGCUACUUCACCUGGGACUCAGAACGCUUCCCCAGCCCAGUGGCACUCCAGCAACACCUGGCGAGGAGGAAGAGGAAGAUGGUGGUAAUCAGUGACCCCCAUAUUAAGGUUGACCCUGACUGGCCCCUUUACUGUGAGGCCAGAGAUGGAGACCAUUUUGUGAAGGUCAAAGAUGGAGGCGUCUACACAGGGUCUUGCUGGCCAGGUGACUCCAAUUACUUGGACUUCAGUUGUCCACAGACCAGGUCUUGGUAUGCCAGAUGCUAUUCUCUCAACAAGUACAAAGGAUCUACAGACUCAUUGUUUGUUUGGAACGAUAUGAACGAGCCCUCGGUGUUCUAUGGUCCGGAGCAGACCAUGCCGAAGAGUGUGGUGCAUCGUGGGGGCUGGGAGCACCGGGAUCUACACAAUCUUUACGGCUUUUACCAGCACAUGGCCACAGUGGACGGGCUGAUGACACGCGCUGGCGGAACCGAGAGGCCCUUUGUUCUGACACGCUCUUUCUUCGCUGGAUCUCAGAGGCUUGGUGCUGUCUGGACAGGAGACACAGAGGCCACGUGGGAUCACCUGAAGUGCUGCAUCCCCAUGCUGCUGUCCCUGAGCCUGGCAGCCAUAGCCUUCUGUGGAGCUGACGUCGGGGGCUUUGCGGGGGACCCCGACCCCGAGCUGCUGGUGCGCUGGUACCAGGCUGGGGCGCUGCAGCCGUUCUUCAGGGGCCACGCGGACAAGAGAACCAAGCGCCGCGAGCCGUGGCUCUUUGGCGAGGCGGUGACAGCCAGGAUCCGCUCCGCCGUCCAGCGGCGCUACUGUCUCCUGCCCUACUGGUACACACUCUUCCAUCAGGCCCACACCGCUGCUCUCCCGCCAAUGAGGCCACUGUGGUUAGAGUUCCCUGGAGAACAGAGUGCCUUCAGUGUGGACCAUGAGUACAUAAUUGGUAAUGCACUACUUGCCUGUCCUGUAACUGCACCAGGUGUUAAGGAAGUCAUGGUUUUCCUCCCUGGCAUCGAAGAGCUGUGGUACGAUAUUGACUCUGCUCAAGCGUUCAGUGGAGAUCGAAACCUGGCUCACCCUGUGACACUGGACACUGUCCCUGUGUUCCAGAGAGGGGGCACAGUGGUGCCCAGGCGGGAGGGCGCUGGCUCCUGCUCUGCGGAUUACCAGAAGCUCCCCCUCUGCCUGACCGUGGCGCUGGACGCCAAGGGCUGUGCUGAGGGGAUGCUCUAUGAGGACGAUGGACACUCGUUUCAUUACCGCGACAGGAAGACGUUCUCCUCGCACAGGUUCCUUAUGACGCCGGGGAGUCUUGCGUGCAGUCGUCUCUCUGAGGACGACACCUUUGUCUCGGGCAGCUCAGUCCAGUCUGUGGUCGUGCUGGGCAUGAGGAGAAAGCCAUCAGCAGUGACCGCUCACACCUCAGGUAUCCAAGUUCCGCUGACGUUCCGGUAUAGAGAAGACCAACACCUGCUGGCCUUGGGAGGCCUGGAUUUGGGAAUGGGUAGGGACUGGGAAAUCAGGAUGCAGUAGGGACUCUUUGUGUCACACAGCAUGAGGUAGGAAAUUAUUCUAGAAACGGUCCUCGCUGCUGGGAAAAAAUGUGCCAUGCUGACAUAUUCUGCCUCUGACAAGAGACUUAUAAAAUAUUCUGCCUCAGAUCCUCAAACCAUGUGCUAAUGUUAUCCUGCAGGGAGUGUUUAUGUUAAAGGAUGGUCUGUACUUGUACUUAGGGUGACAAGGGAAUGCUGGAAAUGACAAGUCUAAAAACUGUAAUAGUUUAACAAACAGUUUACCUCGAAAUUCAGUUUGAAAUAUGUCAUUGGAGUGUCUUCUGUUCAUUUAAUAAAGUGCAUAA